AUGAGAACGAGUAAUGCUGUUUCUUUGACGGCCUAUGCACUUUUGCUCGUACAAUCGAUACAUGCACAAGGAGGUCUCACUGGGCCUACUGUAACUCCAACAGGCCUACCAGCAUCUAUUACAGCCACUACAACACCCUCGCCAACACCUCAAAUCAUAUUCGUUACGGGCUGCAAUACCUGUAGUAACAGUGGUGCUGCUGUAACAACAGCUUCCAUCGUGAACACAACGAAUGGGAAUCAGAGCCAAUUGAGCUCUAAUGAUCUUGGCGCUAUUAUAGGCGGUUGUGCUAGCGGCCUCAUAGUCAUCAUCAUGGCUACUGUAUUCUUUUGUAUCCGUAAAAGAAAAACAAGGGAUUUUUACGCUGGUCGUGAAUUCCCUACUACGGCUGUGAUCCCACCGAGUGUCGAUGAUGUGAAGCAUACUUAUCCAGUAUCAGCCGUUACCAAAGAACCCAACAAUGCGAUCUCGAACAAUAGCUUUUACAUUGAUAACAACGACUCGACUAUUAAAAGGUACAAUCUCUCAACGGCGGUAGAAGAUACAGCACAUGAUAGCACGGCUACUCCGCCUGUCAUACUCUAUUCAGAUUCUCUCAACAACCAACAACAACAACAACAAAUGAGCGUGGAAAAGUACAUGCUGGAUAGCGGUGUAAGCUCAACAUCGCCCAUGCCUAGACCAAGCAGGCCGCUUGAGAGAAAGGUGAGCCAGGGAGCUCGACUAUCCAAGUACAAUUUCUUGUCGCAAGCAUUCUCACAAAUGCGAACAUCGUAUGCUGGUGACAAUCAUAAUGCCAUUUCAAUGAAUGCUACUACUACGGCAUCUAAAUCCCUAAACACCGAUCCAGCGCACAAUCAUGAUUCCGUGGUGCUGCCACACGACAAACCUAGUUUCGAAAGCAUGUCGUUUCCAGCAUCAUCACCACCACCACCGCCAAUACCCGCCAUGGCUUCCACGAGCUCCUUUUAUGACCCUAAUACUACGACUCGAGAAUCGACCAUGACAGUAGCGACAUUGCAUGCACCAUUGUUUCGUCAGCAUCAGCAACCCUCGCCAUCAUCAUUGUCUGUAGUCACUGCAAGACAGAAACAGCCGUAUACGUCCCAUUUGGCUGUAUCACCUACAUUGCCCAUCCGAGCAGCAGGAAUAGAUGCAGAUAGCGUGGUAUCUGAUGUGAGUCAAUACAGUUCAAAACGGUCCUUCUCAACGACAACCUCAGCAGCAUUAAACCAAGACAAUAAACCUUAUCCAUAUUUUUGA